AUGGGUGACUACUCGAAAGCACUUGAGUUUUACGAAAAAUCACUUAAAAUAAGAGAAAAAGCUCUACCUCCGAAUCAUCCAGAUUUGGCUGCUUCCUACAACAACAUCGGUGGAGUGUAUGACAACAUGGGUGACUACUCGAAAGCACUUGAGUUUUACGAAAAAUCACUUAAAAUAAGAGAAAAAGCUCUGCCUCCGAAUCAUCCCGAUUUGGCUACUUCCUACAACAACAUCGGUGGAGUGUAUAACAACAUGGGUGACUACUCGAAAGCACUUGAAUUUCACGAAAAAGAUCUCGAAAUCAUAAAAAAAGCUCUGCCUCCAAAUCAUCCCGAUUUGGCUACUUCCUACAACAACAUCGGUGGAGUGUAUAAGAACAUGGGUGACUACUCGAAAGCACUUGAAUUUUACGAAAAAGAUCUCGAAAUCACAAAAAAAGCUCUGCCUCCGAAUCAUCCCGAUUUGGCUUAUUCCUACAACAACAUCGGUUUGGCGUAUUUCGGCAAAGGAGACUACUCGAAAGCACUCUCGUUCUUAGAAAAGGCACUUGCUAUUCGUCAAAAAUCACUUCCAUCAACACAUCCUCUAAUUAAAGCAACGAAAGAUAACAUUGAUCAUGUUAAAAAGAAAAUGUAA